AUGGCCUCAAACAAUAGCCGUAGCGUUCAAACGGCAAAUGUUAAACUAAAAGUUGACAACUUAUUGGUUGAGAAACAAGAGGCAGAAAAAAGAUACAGUGAUAAAUUCACUACAGUCAAGGAAAGAAUAGCCUAUCUAACCGAUAACGACCAUGAUGAUGUGGUACGGGCUUGCACAAACGCUGAUGAGGGUCGAUACAUAUCUAAAUACACUUAUGGCCAUAAUAAUGACCAUGAUUUGGUACAGUAUCAUGAUUAUCUAGCGCAUUGCGUUGAGAAAAACAAACAAUUCCACGAUAUCAAUUUGAAAAAACUAUACGCCCGACUCCGCGAACUAUCCAAUGAGCUCACGUGCGCUAUAUGUCUGGAGAAACUUUCGAGGGACAGAUUUAUAUCGUGCGGUUGUUGGCAUAAAAAUUGUGACGUCUGUUUGGCCAAACACUUUACCACAAUUAUUAUGGAGGGCACAGUGGGCAACAUCAGCGAACAGGUCAAGUGUCCAUCUAUAGGGUGUGACAAAGAGGCCCCACAAGUGCUCAUUGAACGGGUGGUUAGCGCCGAGACGUACCGGCGAUACGAGUAUUUGGCACUCAGGGAGGCAAUCGGUAAAGAGGUCGAUGUGUGUUACUGUCCAAUGGAGCAAUGCACCUGGUUUGUCGAGAUGAAAUGCGCUGUGGGCGCCACAUGCGGUAAAUGUGGAUACAAUUUUUGUACACGAUGCCGCAAACGUUACCAUGGUGAUUGCGACUACGACGAGGCCCGUGAACGCCAAAAAGUCGAGCAUGAACAAAUGUCCAGCACCACGGUUACGAAUACUACCAAGACAUGCCCCACUUGUUCAGCGCCCAUUGAGGUGAGCUGA